UGAGAUGGACAAUACACGGGGUUGUCAAUUUAGCUUUACCAAGAACCAAACUUGGAUACGAGAGGCGGCUGAAAGUAUUUAUAGGGUUGUAGGAUCCUACGCGCCUUUCCACGCAUGCAUGAAUAUCGAACGGUAUAUCAACCAAGUGAUAUAACCUGCUUGAUCCCCCACAUCAACAACCCGUCUUGCUCCUAACUGGUCUUAGGCAACGCCUCAGCGCACCCGCCCCGAAACUGCCGAAGAUGACAGCCAAGUGUCAAAGGCGCCGGGUCGCAGACGCGGUCGGAUACGCGGAGAAGAGGGAGGGAGGGGGGAUGGGAUUGGCGCUCCCGACACGACAGUGAAACGAGAGCUGUCCGAAGGGACUUUUUCGUCCCAUGUGAGGGCUUGGCGAAGGGAUGAGGCAGUGCUCGUCUCGAUGUGUUGUACGCCAUGUUUACCGAGGAAUUACUAAUUGACAGUUCUUGUCUUCUGGGGGCUCUGGGGGCCAGCGGAGAUGGGCGCUUUGGGCACAACUGGGGGCUCCUUGGCUGGGACGGUGAGUGUCGGGGUCAAGAUGCACAGCCUCACGGAUGUUCAGAGCGAUCGAUCAGGCGGCGACUUGGGGUUUGGAAUGAGGGGCCGAUGUCGACGUAUUCGUACUGGCGAGGACUUGAUUUGGGGACAUUUCCACUUUUUUCCCUUCCCCUCUUGGACACAUAAGGAGGUAAUGGACAUGGAUGCGCAUGGCGUUGGGAGGCGGCGUUGGGAGUUGUCCCGUCGGGGCCAGCCGGGGAAGCACAAGAGUAAAGUGGCGAAUAAUGGACAUGUAAUUGAAAGCUCUUUGGAUGUGUCGUUCAGCUGGGAAUUCUUGCCACCCGAGUUAGGGCUGAUUUACAGUGAGUUUAGGGGGGGGAAUGAAGGCAUCAUGAUGUCUAAGACAGGUUCCAAUCUAUGCCGUCACCACGUCCAAUAACUUCG